AUGGCCAGUGACCUGGAUAAUGCAAAUACUCUCAGGUGCCCUAGAAAUGAUCCUUUCCCUGUUCCACAUGAGAAGUAUCAGCCAGGUGACCUCCUCAUUGGUGGGAUUAUUUCUCAGAUGUAUUAUGUUUUAUAUGAAGUGGACUUCACGGAACACCCUUCGCAGAAUAUGUUUGAGUUUCCAUAUGUAGUGACAAAGUUCUACCAGCACAAUCUGGCUUUGGCAUUUGCUGUGAAGGAAAUACAUGAAAGCCUCAAGAUCUUGCCCAAUGUCACACUUGGGUUCCAUAUCUAUGACAGCUACUUUGAUGAGAGAAUAACAUACAGGACCACUCUGGAUCUGCUCUUCAAAUCACAUAGAUUUGUCCCCAACUACAAAUGUGACAUGCAGAAAAAUCUGAUAUCCAUCAUUGGGGGACUUAGCGUUGAUAUCUCUUUCCGUAUGGCAGAGAUCCUUGAUCACUACAAUAUUCCACAGCUCACGUAUGGCUCCUUUCCUCCAGAGGAGAGUGAUGAACGUCAAGUCCCUUCCUUUUACCGUAUGGUCCAAAAUGAAUCUCAUCAAUAUAUUGGGAUUAUCAAGCUUCUUCAGCAUUUCAAGUGGGCAUGGGUUGGGCUCUUUGCUGUGGCUGGUGAAAUGGGAGAACGUUUCUUUCAGAUAGCAGACGUAUUGCUCUCACUGAAUGGCAUCUGUUCAGCAUUCACACAAUUAAUACCACGAGAAGCUCAUUGGGACGAAUUGGGUGAAGUUUGGGGUAAAUUCUCUAGUAUUUUUGAACAUUUUACAGAUGAUAAAGUCAAUGCAUUUAUCAUCAGAGGAGAGGCUUUGACAAUAGCAUGGCUCAGAACUGUUAUUUUUCUCGGAGAUCCUUCAAAGAUGGGAAACACAGCCUUUUCAAAGGUGUGGAUCAUGACAUCUCAGGUGGAUUUUGUUUCAGCAAGUGUUCAGAGGACCUGGGAUUUUGAGCUGUUCCAAGGUGCUAUUUCUUUCGCAAUUCACUCCAAAGAUCUUCCAGAAUUCAAUGAAUUUCUUCAGAACACAAGGCCUGGUGUGAUACAAGGGGAUGGCUUUCUCAAAGACUUAUGGGAGCAAGCAUUUGAUUGUUCAUUUUCAAACCCCAGUAUGCCUGAAAUGCUAGAUGGAAUGUGUACUGGGGAUGAGAAAUUUCAGAGCCUUCCUAGGCCUGUGUUUGAAAUGGAUGUGACUGCUGGUGAAACAGUGUCUUUUAAUGAUAAAAGGGAAAUGGCAAGUGGCUUUGACAUUGUGAACACAAUCACUUUCCCAAACAACUCCUAUCUUAGAGUGAAAAUUGGACAAGUCAAUCCUGAUGCUAUUGAAGGGGAGAAAAUAACCAUUCAUGAAGAUACAAUUGACUGGUACAGAAGCUUUAAGCAGGUUCCAGGCUCAGAAUUAAUAUCUCCAGGAACAGAUGGGGAAGAUCCAGACACAGAUGUCUGUUUCAAAUGCCAAGAAGAUGAGUAUCCAAAUAAGAACAAAAAUGGAUGCCUCUCCAAAACUAUGAGCUUUCUUUCAUAUGAAGAACCUUUAGGGUUCAGUUUGGCCUCAGUUGCUGUUUCUUUUUCCCUGAUCACAGUUUUUGUGCUAUCAGCUUUUAUUAAGUUCAGAGAUACCCCCAUCGUCAAAGCCAACAAUCGGAACCUCUCCUACACUCUCCUUAUCUCUCUUCUUCUCUGCUUCCUCUCAUCUUUGUUGUUCAUCGGUCGUCCUGGUAAAGUCACCUGCCUUCUCCGACAGCCAACUUUUGGCACCAUCUUCUCAUUGGCUGUUUCUUGUGUGUUAGCCAAAACUAUCAUGGUUUCUCUUGCAUUCAUAGCUACAAAGCCAGGGUCUAGCAUGACUAAAUGGGUAGGGAAAGGAUUGUCGCAUUCCAUUGUUCUUUCCUGCUCCCUUAUUCAAGCAAAUAUUUGUAUCCUGUGGUUGACAACCUCUCCCCCAUUCCCUGCUCUAGAUAUGGACUCAGUAGCAGAAGAAACCAUUGUGCAAUGUAAUGAAGGGUCAGUUGUCAUGUUUUACUGUGUCCUGGGCUACAUGGGCCUCCUGGCCAUUGCGAGUUUCAUUGUAGCAUUUGUAGCCCGCAAAUUACCAGACAGUUUUAAUGAAGCCAAGUUCAUUAUCUUCAGCAUGUUGCUGUUUUGCAGUGUUUGGCUGUCCUUUGUCCCAACCUACCUGAGCACCAAAGGGAAAUACAUGGUGAUGGUGGAGAUCUUCUCCAUCUUAGCUUCCAGCGCUGGACUACUGGGCUGCAUCUUUGUCCCUAAAUGCUAUAUUAUCAUGCUGAGGCCAGAGCUGAACAACAGAGAGCAACUUAUAAGGAGAAGGAAUUAA